AUGAAGCAAAAGUCAUGCGAACGCUACGCGGAUUUCGUUAUUCGAUUGAAACAGCAGGUCUCCCAGUGCGGGUUCGAGAAGUACGACGCUGAAGUGAGCAAUAUUUUGAGUGAUAUUUAUAUGAUCGACGCGAUGGUUGAGGGUUGUUCCUCUAACGAGGUUCGACGCAGAGUUUUGCUAAUGGAUUUAUCCUGUCCGGAAAUCGAAGACUUAGGAAUCGCGCAAGAAAGUGUUGAUCAGCAAAUAGAAGAGAUAGCGACCGAUAAACCCCCGGAAAAAGUUUUUAAAAUUGAACAACUUGGACGGUUCAGAGGAAAAUGUACAGCGGGAAGUACAAAAUUAACAGAGAAGUCAUGCUUUAACUGUGGUCGUCUAGGACAUUUUGCUGUGUCACCUAUUUGCCCUGCCCGUGGAAAACAAUGCCGGAACUGUAAAAGCUACGGACAUUUUGAGAAGCUGUGUCGGAAAGCGAAGCGAACAACACAAAGAGAUACGCAAAAACUCAUCAGAGUGGUGGAGGAAACACCGAAUCCAGAAAAACCGAAAGUGGAAUUAGAAAAGAACGAAACGAAGGUGUACUGUGCGUUCUACUCGGGAAAUGAAUCGAACAUUCUAACGGUUGAGAUUGGAGGAGUCUCCAUUGAGUGGUGA